AUGCUGCGCACAGACCAGCUGCGCACGGACCAACGUGCACAGCCUGCCCUAAUCUCCCCAUUCUGCGGGUUCCUGUCGCAACUACGCAUCUAUUGGCUGGUCAACACGUCGCUGACCACCAUUGAACUCAAGGUGCAAGUUGCAAUGAGCCUGCUUGAUGGCGAUGCCCGCGCCUGGGCCACUCCAUACUUCGCCCAACUCGCAUCGGUACAGAUGGGAGUACAAGGGGUCACAACCCCCUUCAGGAACAAAGCGGCCUUUACCGCUGCCUUCAAGGCCCGCUUCGGAAAUCUCGACGACAAGGUGGCAGCGCAAGUAGAGCUAGCAAAGCUCUGCGCGGACAAAUCAGUCCGUGAAAAACGCACCGCUGCGGAGUUCUCCGCGCUAUUCAAGGGUCCGGCUGAUCGCUCUGGGUAUGGGGACCUAGAGCUACGCGACAAGUACCUGAGCGGCAUCCCCUCCCGCGUGUACCGAAAGAUCGAGCUCGAGACCUUCACCACGUGGCAAGAAGCUGAAAAGCGCGCCACCGAGGUCGAGCAGAUCCUUAACAUCAGCCGGGCCCAUCGGCCCGAGCUGAACAACUUCUUCUCAGCCCGGGGUCGAGGAUGUGGUGGGGCACGUGGUGGUGCACCCACACAUUGUUGCGACUUAGGGUCAAGCGACAGGGGAAAACUGUCACGAGUUGGUACGGCGCCUAGCCGUUUUUUUCCUUGA